AUGAGCGGAGAGGAAACCAGGAGAGGAGCGUGGAGGGCAGGAGGAGGAGGAGGGAGGUGGAGAGGUGGAGGAGGAGCAGCACCCUAUCAGAGAGUCCUCUGUCAGACUACUCUAGAUCUGUCUCUGUGUCCGUACAAAGGAUGGGCUCUCUACUUCUCUGACAGCUUCCUAGAGAACUCGCCGAGCGUGUCGAAGAUCAAAGUGUUUGAGAAAUAUUUCACCUCCAAGAUUCACCUCUACGACAAGGACGAGAUCGAGCGUCAGGGCAGUGUUCUGGUGGAUUACGUCGACUUGACUGGAAACCAAACGGUGCGCAGAGCGCUCCCUGAUCUGACCACCGAGCUGAAGGAACAGCCAGAGGUGAUACUCAACUGUCUGGGAAUGGCUAUCCACCAGGUGCUGACUAUGGAUUUAGAGAAACAGGCUGCUGAGCUGCAGGAAGACGGGCUUCCCGUCGCCACACCGAUCACCAACAUCCCUCACAUCAGCGCGAGGCUGUAUAACUACGAGCCGCUCACUCCGUUGCGGACGCUGCGUGCCAGUGUGUUUGGACGACUGGUGUGUGUGAGGGGAACCGUGGUCAGAGUGAGCAACAUCAGACCUCUGUGCACCAGGAUGGCCUUCAGGUGCCUGGUGUGCUCGCAGACGCAGUCUCUGCCGCUGCAGCACGGGAAAUAUGCCACACCUACCAAGUGUAUUCAGUCGGACUGUCGCAGUCACACCUUCACUCCGAGCCGGAGUUCUCCUCUUACUCUCACUGUAGACUGGCAGAUUAUCAAGGUGCAGGAGUUGAUGGGCGGCGAGCAGAGGGAGACUGGACGAAUCCCACGGACCGUGGAGUGUCACCUGACCUCUGACCUCUGCGACAGCUGCGUCCCCGGAGACUCGGUCACUGUGACGGGGAUAGUUAGAGUUACCAAUGACGGAGCAGCAAAUUACCGGGGGAAUAAGGAUCAGUGUAUGUUCCUCCUCUACCUCGAGGCCACGUCAGUCAGUAACACUAAAGGUCAGCAGUCCAAGUCAGGUCAGGGGUCACGAGGGGCACUUGAAGAUCGCUCUGGAGGGGAAGAGUUCAGCCUGAAGGAGCUGUACGCCAUCCAGGAGAUCCAGUCACAGCCCAACCUGCUCAGACUGAUAGUACACUCUUUGUGUCCUGUCAUCUACGGCCACCUGCUGGUGAAAGCUGCUCUUGCCUUGGCGUUGUUUGGAGGCCGACAGAAACACACAGACAAGAACAGCGUCCCGGUUAGAGGAGACCCGCACAUCCUGAUGGUGGGAGACCCCGGACUGGGAAAGAGUCAGAUGUUACAGGCGGUGUGUAAUGUGGCUCCCAGAGGAAUCUAUGUAUGUGGCAACAGCACAAGCACCACAGGAUUAACAGUGAGUUUAUCCCGAGACUCGGGAACAGGGGAUUACGCUCUCGAGGCCGGAGCCUUGGUGCUGGCCGACCAAGGCCUGUGCUGCAUCGAUGAGUUUGAUAAGUUGGGCAGCCAGCAGCAGGCUCUGCUCGAAGCCAUGGAGCAGCAGUCUGUGAGUCUGGCUAAGGCUGGAAUCGUUUCCUCUCUGCCUGCCAGAACUUCAGUCGUAGCCGCUGCCAACCCGAUCGGGGGACAUUACAACAGAGGCAAGACUGUGUCUGAAAACCUGAAAAUGGGCUCAGCUCUCCUCUCUCGCUUCGACGUGGUCUUCCUCCUCCUGGACAUCCCAGACGAGUCCCACGACCGCCACCUGUCAGAACACGUCAUGGCAAACCGGGCUGGAAGAGGCAGAACCAGCAGCGCCGUGGUUACCAGGACUAACAAUGACUUAGAGACCUCCAUCCUGCUGGAUCACUCCAACAUGCCGCUGUCUGAACGCUUACAGAUCCCUGCAGGUGAACCCGUGGACCCGAUUCCACCGUGUCUGUUAAGGAAGUACGUCAGCUACGCUCGUCAGUACGUCCAUCCGACGAUCUCUCCUGAGGCAGCGCAGACGAUCCAGGACUUCUACCUGACGCUGAGGUCUCAGUCUCAUUCAGCCGAUUCCACGCCCAUCACCACGCGACAGCUCGAGUCUUUAAUCAGACUGACCGAGGCAAGAGCCAGACUGGAGCUCAGAGAGACCGCCACCAAGAGUGAUGCAGAGGACGUGGUGGACAUCAUGAAACACAGCCUGGCUGACACAUACUCGGACGGUCUGGGCAAUCUGGACUUUGAGCGCUCUCAGCUCGGGUCAGGCAUGAGUCAGCGCAGCGCCGCGAAGCGACUCGUCAACGCUCUGCACGCGCAUUCUCAGAGGACCAAUCAGACGCAGUUUGACCUGCAGACGCUUCGCUCUGUGGCCGACAGGAUGAAGAUCAAGGUGAUGGACUUUGAAGGUCUGGUGAGUUCUCUGAACGAACAAGGUUUCCUGCUGAAGAAAGGACCCAAGCUGUACAAGCUCCAGACUAUCUGAUCCCUCUCCUGCAGACCUCACUACAAGGUCAGUGUGUGGGAUGAUGCGAGAGACAAAAAAAAACUUGGAUGGGGAACCCAUUAACCAGACCACUUCCACCAAACCACCAACCAACCAGCACAGGAGUCUUUGAAGAGACUCUAAGAACAAAUAACAAAGACGGGACGUAGCACAGAGAACAUCUGUGCAACCGAACAGCAACCACAGCUUCCUGAAUGAGCGCAAACUUCCUCCUAAAGGCUCAACUGACUCUGCACACACACACACACACACACACACACACACACACACACACCUCUGAUGAAAUUUCCAUAGAAAAAAAACGUUGAAACCAAACAAGACGUGAUUGUUUGACUUAAAUCUUGCUCAAACAUGGUGUGCACUUUAUUAGUUAACAUACAGUUAAUAAAUAAAUUAUUAUAUUUUCCUUUAA